AUGAAUAUUGUUAAGUUACAAAGAAAGUUCCCUGAUCUUACUCAAGAAGAUCUUUUUUCUACCAUUGAAAGAUUUAGAUCCAUCGACUUAGAUGAUAAGGGCUGGGUCGAGAAACAACAAGCUCUCGAAGCAGUUCAACAGACUGGUGAAGCAACAUACGAUGAAGCUAGAGAAACGCUAAAACGUGUCAAUGUCGAUGCUUCAGGGCAUGUCGAAUUGGAUGACUAUGUUGAACUGAUUGCUAAGUUGAAGGAAUCUAAGAAUGGACCCGCUCCACAAACUAGCUUUAAUGUAGAUGUUAAUACCCCAGUCAAUAUCUCGACAUCAGGACCAACUUCAAGUGGUUUAAAACAUGAAGGUAGGGGUGCACAAGCAAGAAUCAUUGUUGGGGGUUCUACUACUGGUACCACACAUACUAUUAAUGAAGAAGAAAGAACUGAAUUCACCAAACAUAUCAAUCAAGUGUUGGCAGGGGAUGAAGAUAUUGGCUACAUGCUACCUUUCCCAACUGACACAUUCCAAUUGUUCGAUGAAUGUAGAGACGGGUUGGUCUUAUCUAAAUUGAUUAAUGAUUCCGUUCCUGAUACAAUUGAUACCAGAGUUUUAAAUAUGCCAAAGAACGGAAAGAAACUAAAUAAUUUCCAAGCUAGUGAAAAUGCCAAUAUAGUUAUUAACUCUGCAAAGGCCAUUGGAUGUGUCGUUGUCAAUGUUCAUUCUGAAGAUAUUAUUGAAGGGAAGGAGCAUCUAAUCUUAGGUCUAAUUUGGCAAAUUAUUAGAAGAGGUCUAUUAAGUAAGAUUGAUAUUAAAUUACAUCCAGAAUUAUACCGUCUGUUGGAAGAAGAUGAAACUUUGGAACAAUUCUUAAGACUACCACCUGAGCAAAUUUUAUUGCGUUGGUUCAACUACCACUUGAAACAAGCUAAUUGGAAUAGAAGAGUUGCAAAUUUCUCCAAGGAUGUGUCAGAUGGUGAAAACUACACUAUUUUACUAAACCAAUUAUCACCAAGUCUAUGUUCCACUGCUCCUCUACAAGCAACAGAUUUAUUGCAAAGAGCAGAGCAAGUCCUAGAAAACGCCGAAAAAUUGGAAUGUAGAAAAUAUUUAACUCCUAGUGCUUUGGUGGCAGGAAAUCCAAAAUUGAAUUUAGCCUUUGUUGCACAUUUAUUUAACACGCAUCCAGGAUUAGAACCAAUUGAAGAAGCAGAAAAACCAGAAAUUGAAGAAUUUGAUGCUGAAGGUGAAAGAGAAGCCAGAGUCUUUACCCUAUGGUUAAAUUCCUUAGAUGUUGAUCCUCCAAUUGUAUCUUUAUUCGAAGAUUUAAAGGAUGGUAUUGUUCUCUUACAGGCAUAUGAAAAAGUUAUGCCAGGAUCUGUAGAUUUUAAACAUGUUAAUCAAAAGCCAUCUUCCGGUGCAGAAAUUUCAAGAUUUAAAGCUUUGGAGAAUACUAAUUAUGCUGUGGAGCUGGGUAAAUCAAAGGGUUUCUCUCUAGUUGGUAUCGAAGGUUCGGAUAUCCUUGAUGGUAAUAAAUUAUUAACUUUGGGUCUAGUAUGGCAAUUGAUGCGUAGAAAUAUUACUAACACAAUGAAGACCCUAUCUUCUAGCGGUAGAGACAUGAGCGAUUCUCAAAUUUUGAAAUGGGCUCAAGAACAGGUUACUAAGGGUGGUAAGAGCUCGACUGUUCGUUCUUUCAAGGAUCCUGCACUAUCCAAUGCUCAUUUCUUAUUGGAUGUUUUGAAUGGUAUUGCACCAGGUUACGUUGAUUAUGACUUGGUUACUCCUGGUAAUACAGAAGAAGACAGAUAUGCUAAUGCAAGAUUGGCUAUCUCAAUUGCAAGAAAGUUGGGUGCUUUGAUCUGGUUGGUUCCAGAAGAUAUUAAUGAAGUUCGUUCCAGAUUGAUUUUAACAUUUGUGGCUUCGUUAAUGUCCAUUAAACGUUAA